AUGAAGGUUAAGUAUUGCGCGCAGGUGUUUAGUCAAUCGGUUGGGUCCGUCAUGACACUCAUGAGUCGCAAUAAAGUUAAGAGUGUGUGCGGUACGCGUGAAAUGUCUUUAGAAGGUGUUGACACUGCUCGAUUCAUUCAUUUUAUGAAUGAUAUUUUCGACAGUGUCAACAGUAGUCGUCCUCUUCCGGUAGUAGAUACGAACUGUGAUAGACCCAAUAUCUGGGAUGUAGGAAUUAAUGUUUUUCGAAGCAUGACGUUUAUCAAAAGAAAGUUUGCGGAUAAAGAGCGUCCACUGGUAGUACACAAUUGGAUUAAAACGCUACAAAAUUUUAAAGUUUUAACAACACUUCUAGGCAAUCUUGGAUUUUCCCACUUUAUUGGUCGUAAUUUUAACCAAGAUGCCUUAGAGAACUUUUUCGGACAGAUUAGACAGUAUGUUGUUGCAACAACAAAUGCAUCAUCUGCACUUGCAGCAAGCUCCGAGACAACCUCAACGGACGCCGUUGUUGCGACUGCAGUAGCAACUUCAGCAGCAGCACUCACGAGGAUACAAGAGCUGCGGUCGCAAGUGCAGAUGAUGCAGCUGCAGAUACAACAGCAACACCAACACCAACACCAACAGCAACAGCAAGACCAACAGCUGCUCCAGCAGCAGCAACAGCAACAGCUACACCAACAGUGUUGA